UUAUUGUAUUGAUCUAAAAUUAUGGUUGAACAAAAGGUCUUUAAAUCAAUUUUAUGGUUAUUUUUAUUAAUAAAUAAUGUUUAUUCGAUAGGUCUCAAUUAUGACAUUAAAAUUAAAGGAAUAGAACCGAUGACAGAUUUUAAAGACCCAUUUUGUGAUCUAAAAGAUGUGAAAAUGAAAAAACUCAACAAAACACAUUACACUAUAGAUGGAAUUUACACUAUACUUCGGGAAGAUAUUCCAUCCGAUGAUUUAUUGAUGUCGAUCCAUAUUGCUUUAAAAAAAGGUAAUGGUUAUAUAGAAUCAUCGUUAGUUCAGUUACACAAAAGGAAAUAUUGCGAUAUGUGGGAUAAUGAACAAUUUUUAAUGCCAGACGUAAAACGCCAUAUUCAGUGUAUCAGUAACAGCAAAAAUAGCACUGAGCUAUUAUGCCCCCCCUUAGUGGGUACAUAUAAACUGGCUAAUUAUGUGCCGCAGUAUAAAGUACCCGCGAAUAUGCCAGAAGGACGAUGGAGAUUUAUAUUUGAAUAUUAUAAAAAUGAUGAACUGAUCGGUGGGUAUAAAGCCUACGCAGAUUUUAAACGAGAGAUUAUGGCGGAUGAUAUUUUUUGAUUUGAUGCUGUUUCUAGCCGUUGCGUUUUAAAUGAUUUCACAAAUGAUCUAUCAAAUUUAAAUUAACAACGCCACA